UUUAUUUAUCUUCACUUCGCUACAGCGGUGCAAUAUCUCUAUCACUCAAAUAUUGUUUUUUGGGGAUAUUUUCUGAUUUGCUUUCGGUUUUUGGAAUGAACAUAACACGCUACCUGCCGGCUGCUGACUGGAACCAGCGCAGAUGUGAAUGAUAACAAAUGGUGCAAUAAAUAAAUUCAUCUUGAAUACUAUGUUUUGGCAAAAAAAUAUUAAUAAUAAUCAAACAAUAUUUAUAAUGAAUAAGUUUAUCUAAAUAACAAUUAUAAGAACAAGUAAAUUACAAAACGAUCAUUAAUUGCAAAUUAUAUAAUCAACUACAGUGCCGAUUAGUUUUCUAAAUAUUUUAAACAACUAUGAUUUUAAGAUUUUGUAAACUUUCUUGUAAGGAAAAUGUACGGAACUUUUUCACUAAUACAGUUAAAAAUAAAAUGUCAGAAGCCUCAAUGGAACAUCAUAUUCGUAAACAAAAGACAUUGCACUAUGUGACUGCGGUUGGGGUUUUAACAGUUGGCUUAGCUUAUGCGGCUGUACCACUCUACAGAGUUUUUUGUCAGGCAACGAGUUAUGGAGGGACCGUAAGCCAUAAUACAGAAAUUGUGGAAGAUAUGAAGCCAGUUAAAGACCGAGUUAUCCGUAUCACAUUUACAGCUGAUACUGUUUCUCAAAUGAGUUGGAAUUUUCAGCCUCAACAAAAAGUAAUUAAAGUACUUCCAGGAGAAACUGCGUUGGCUUUUUAUACUGCAAAAAAUCCAACAGACAAGCCUGUUACUGGAAUCUCUACUUACAAUGUUGUACCAUUCGACGCAGGAAAAUAUUUUAACAAAAUACAGUGUUUUUGUUUUGAAGAGCAACAACUCAACCCUUAUGAAGAAGUUGAUAUGCCAGUAUUUUUUUACAUUGAUCCAGAAUUCGCAGAAGAUCCAUUAUUAGAAAAUUGUAAUGAUAUCACUUUGUCAUACACUUUCUUUGAAGCUAAAAAAGGGCUUAUACUGCCCAUUCCUAUACCCCAAUAUGCUAAAUCACACAACUCGUCAGAACUACGUAAAAAGAUAAGUUAUCAGUGAUUAAAAUCUAAAUAGAGCAUUUACUGGAUAUGCACGACGAAGACCAGAAACUUUUUCUUUGUCAAUAUACAUUGCAUCAACCUUCAG